GUACAAAUCCUUCGGGAGUUGAACCUGAACCUAUUGCUCAUGUUAAUAAAGGAAGUUCUGCCCUUGAAGGUGUAGGUGCUAUUCCUGUAGAUAAUAAGCAAAAGCAAGAAAAUCUAACUCAACCACAACCUAAAAAUGCUACUGAAUAUGUAACUGGUGCUCUUAGUAAUGCAUAUACUACUGCUAAGGAUACUCUUGGUAACAUUAUAGGAACUAAUCAAACAUCAACUACAACCGAUAAGGCUCAUGCCCAAAAAUCCGAUAAAUAG